AUGUCGCUUUCGCACCAAAAUGUGGAUGAGGUGAUGGAGUUGGGCGCGCCGUACUUUCUGAAGGCCGCGGCGCUCGACCUGGAAGAGCUCGACCGCGGGUAUCUUCAGCCGCUCGACAUGGAUGCGGUGGUGGGGCACAGUUACGUGGCGUCGCCCCAGGGCUUAGGGCAAGGAGGCGAAGCGAGGUACGGCGUGGGAGUCGGGGCCAGCCAGGCCGCAGUGCGGGAAAAUUAUGAUCUGGCUCUGGUUCUGGCUCUGGUUCUGGUUCUGGCUCUGGCUCUCCCAACCCUACAGGCUCCCAACCUGGCGAUUCUUCCCAGUCUGACGUCGCCGUCUUUCGGGCCUCACCUGUACAGUCUGUCGCCCGCGCCGCGCAGCUUGUCGCCCCGAUCGCGCGUGGCGCCGCGCUCCAAGAACCUUUUCCGCGUCGGCCCGCCCUUUGGCGCCACCGUUCAGGCGAGCCCGCUCUUUUCCCACAAGAAUAACACGCAAAUCACCCCGCGCCUCAGCGCACGGCUCGACCGCGGGUUCGAGCGCGGCGAAGCAGGCAACUGGAUCGGCUACAAGCGCAACUACUUGACGUUGGUGCUGGCCUUCGAAGUGCCCGGCUGCGACUUGGACUCAUUCCUCGCCCAGACAUACUACGUGGUGAAGGGCGCGCGCCGCAUGCCUGUGCGCUACUUCGCCCUAGGCGUGAGCGCGCGCUGCUCCGACGCCACCUGCGCCGUGAGCUUGGUGCAGCAUACGCCCAAGCGCGACAAGGGCCCGCAGUACGCGGUGCCCAUAUAUGCGGCGGUGCCGGGCACGUUGCCCGACCACAAGACAGUGACGCUAGCUUGCAACAAGCGCAACCGGGCCAAGGUCGAUGCGUUGGACCGGGUGUUUCUGUAUCGGCGGGCGACCGGUUCCACCUCUACGGAAGACCCAAUGCACCCGCAAGACUUGUACUCGGUAAAUUCUCUGGGAUCUGUCUCUGGAAAUUCUAUCUCUGAAUCUGUCUCUGGAAAUUCUAUCUCGGGAAAUUCUAUCUCUGAAUCUAUCUCUGGAUCUGUCUCUGGAUCUGCCUCUGAAUCUGUCUCUGAAUCUGUCUCUGGAAAGUCUGAUCCACCCGCUUUGCGCCACUAUCCGCCCGACGUGGUGCGUGUUGCCCGUUUCGAGCGAAUCCAGUUUUCGGCCUCGCUUCGUGUCAAAUCGACGCCUGUGCCCCAAAAGUACUACACGUUGACCGUGAAACUUUUGGCUGUGGUGGCCGAUGCAAACCCGGUUGUCAUCGCUUCGGUGGAGCUGGAUCCUUUACUAGUCCGCGGCCGUUCGCCUUCAAGCUACGCCCGCGAGAAGACAUCGGGCUUCCGCGGCUAA